AUGCACCCAUGGCUUUCGGAUGCGAAUGACCCCUACGUGCGCACUCCUAGGCAUAGCAAUCAUGGAAACCUCACAGUUAGUGCUCUGGCUGAUACCGUGACUAACGACUGGGAUGUGGAUAUAUUGAAAGAUUUAUUUGUGCCCUAUGAUGUGGAACUCAUUAUGAAGCUUUCGGUGUCUAGCCAAUUUGAUAAUCAGUGGUGUUGGCGGGGUGACUUUAAGGGUUGCUAUUCUGUCAAGCAUGGGUACCGGUCUUCUUCUGGGCUGCAUGAACAACAUGGGAAUAUGUCUGGUGUUUGGAAAGAAAUCUGGCAUCUCAAGAUUUCCCCAAACAUUCAAUAUUUUCUAUGGCGUUGUUUUCAUGGUGUUUUACCUACUAUGGCAGCUUUAUCGUCCCGAAGAGUGGAGGUGGAUGGGUUUUAUCCUCUUUGCCGUCAACAUGAAGAAACCCUGAAGCAUCUAAUGUGUGAUUGUAUGCAGGUUUCUCCAUUUUGGAAUGCUUUAUUAAGUAACCAUAUCCCUAUUGCUGAUGAAGAGUUUGUUACAUUGUUAGUAGCCAUAUUAGCGCAAGGUAAUGCAGUGUUUAAGCUUCUUUUUGUGGUCAUUUGUUGGUGUGUUUGGCGUGGUCGAAACGAUGUAGUGUGGAAUAAUAAACCAUGGCACUUCCCGAAAAUCCAGUUUGAGAUAGCAAGCAAGCCGGCAAUGUUUACCAAUACCAAUCGUGAUCUUGAAUAUUAUGGUGUGAUCAUCUUGGACAGUGAUGGAGGUUUCAUUGUUGCCAAGAAUGGUCCAUUGCGCUGCUUGAAUGAUGUCCACUUAGCGGAGGUUUUGGCUAUUAAGGAGGUGCUAUCAUGGGUUAAGGAUAAAGGUUUCUCGAAGAUCCUUGUUUAUUCAAAUUGUCAGACAGUGUGUAACUUGUUAAACGGUUCCUCGAUGGACUAUUCCUAUGCUGGCUACGUGAUUAAUGAGUGCAAAGGCUAUCAAAGACACUAUGAGUCAGUGCCCUUCAGGUUUAUUUCUAGAUUAGUGAAUAAGUCUGCUCAUGCAUUUAGCUAG